UGCUGCCGCAGCUGUUGCGGCGCACACAGGGAGCGGAGAGGUGCGCUCCUUCUGGAGUGACUAUGCCGUGUGUGGCAAGAGCUUUUUCACACUGAUCAGCGACCACCGAGCCAGUUUCUCUUUGGCAAAAAACCCCGUAAUGUUGUCACUCUCUCUCUCAGCAAGGUCGGAUUCCACAGAACAGUGAAGACACCGCUCAUUUACCAUGAGCUGUUUGGAUGUUAUGUACCCAGCCUAUGGACAUUACGCACCGUACGCACCGACCGCUCCUGCUUUUAUCAAUAGCUUACAGGCUCCCACAGGUCUGAGCAGAACUUCUUCUCAUUGCCGGGAUUUUAUGGACACUCCCAGGGGUCCCGAGGGGAUGUCUGGGGGCCCAGGUACCGGAGGAUCAACUUCCUCCUCAUCUUCAUCUAGCUCUUCCUCGUCCUCUUACACGCCUGCGGCUUUGAGGCCAGACGAGGGCCACAAGGAGAAGCAGGAGGCCCCUGAGGCAGAGUACCUGACUUCUCGCUGUGUCCUCUUCACCUACUACCAGGGAGACAUCAGUAGCGUGGUGGACGAGCACUUCUCCAGGGCCCUCAGCACCUACAUGGAUGGAGAGGGCAAACGGCGGUCAUCAGACCAACAGGGCACAGAUACCCCUUCACCUAGCAGUCGACGAAGCUUCCCUCCAUCCUUCUGGGACAGUAACUACUCCUCGCCUCAGAGCCGCUCCCACUGUGAGACGGGCGCUCCUUCCUAUUCCAUGGACCCGUACGCAUCAGGGUUGCACCCGGGCCUGCCGCACCCACACGCUCAUCCUCACCCACACGCUCAUCCUCACUCCCAUCCUCACCCACCAGAGAGCUGGGCGUACCCCCAGGCCCAAGCCUACGGGCCACCGCGGCCUCUCCAUGAACUGUACUCACCGUCGGCUUUGGAGCCCCACUACGGUCCCCUGCUCAUGCCCACAGUGAGGCCACCUCAUCUCCCUACCUUGCCAAGCCACUAUGAGGUGAGCAAGCUGGAGCCCACUGCCUCCUGGCCCAGCUUGCUUCCCCCAGGAGAUGUCAGCCAGACACUGGCACUCAACAUGGAUGCAGGCCUCCAGCAGCACAAGAAAGGCAAGGAGCUGUACUGGUUCUAACGAGCCCUUCAGUCACAUUGACCAGCCAUUACCUGAUCCAAUUAGUCCCUGGACCUGCUCCGCUAUUGAGGCAGCGUGUCCCUUUAUCC